AUGGGGUCUGACGAUAAGAUCUCCCUCGAGUUCAUCCCGACCGGGACGUGCUGGAUGCGCGAGCCGAUGAGCGGCCAGCCCGUCACCAACAGCUUCGUCCCGUUCCGCAUGCUCCGCUCCUUCACCGGCCCGUGGCUCGGCCCCCUCCCGAUGGGCGCGUUCCUCAUCCGGCACCCGAACGGCCCCAUCCUCUACGACACGGGCAUCUCGACCAAGUGCAAUGAGCCCGGCUACUUCCCCUGCUGGAACCCGAUCCCGGGUUUCCUUAACAAGUUCGACGUCUCGCCGGAAGACGCCAUCGUCAACCGGCUCGCCGAGCGCGGCGUCAAGCCGACGGAUCUCCAGGCCAUCAUCGUCAGCCAUCUGCACCACGACCACGCCGGCGGCCUGAAGGACCUGGCGCUCGCAGCGCCGGACGUCCCCAUCUACGUCGGGGCGGAGCACUGGGAGGCGUUCGGGAAGCACCAGAUCUACGCCGCUAUCCAGGGCGCCAUCCCCUCGGACUGGCCGCCGAACUUUGAGCCCAGGAUAUUGGAUUUCGACGAGAAGCGACAGGUUGGUCCGUGGAGUCGGUCGUGUCAGAUCACUGCCAAUGGAACAGUGGUCGCAGUGGAUACACCGGGGCAUGUGCCAGGCCAUAUCUCGCUGGUCGUCACUGGAGACAACGACGAUGGGACGAAGACGACGUAUUUCCUGGCCGGCGACGCGACGUAUGGUAUUCAUCUCCUGGAGAGCGAGGCUCCGGAUGGUGCAAAUAGCGACCCGUUUACAGCUUUCGAGAGCCUGAAAAAGAUCAAGGAGUAUGCCAGACAUCACGAGGUUGUUGUCUUACCUACGCAUGACCCAGAUACCCCUCGCCUGCUGAAAGAUAGGGUAGUCUAUCGUCCGCAAGACGAGGUCGAGGAGGAAGUUAAAACAUGA